ACGAAACAGGAAGAUGUCACCGUGCUGUCUAAAGAGACUCGCGUAAACUCGCUCGGAUUUUGUUUGUUAAUCCGUUUGCAUUUGAACCCCAAACCGAGACGUCUCCGAUUUACACCGCGUUUCUGGAGUACAGGUGGUUUCUAUAGCAACAAGCCGAAGCGUAAGAGAGAAAAACGAAGCUGGACGAAAAGUACCGAAGUUUGGGUUCUGUCUGCUCGUCUGUACGAGUCGAGGGAACGAUGUCGGAUUACGGAGCGAUUGUCCAAAAGCUGCGGGACUCUUUCGGCACCCGGAAAACCCGUCCAGCAGAAUUCCGGAUCUCCCAGCUGAACUCGAUUGUGAAGCUCCUGAGAGAGAACGAGGGGCCGAUUGUGGAAGCACUGGAGAGAGACCUGCGCAAGCCAAAAUUCGAGACGAUGAUCUCAGAGAUCUCCAUGGCGAUUAACGAAGCGAACUACGCCAUCAAUCACCUGGCGUCGUGGAUGAAGCCGGAACAUGUGGAGAAAUCACUGGUGAUGAAAUUCGAUGAGUGUUUUAUUCGGAAGGAGCCUCUGGGUGUGGUUCUGAUCAUCGGAGCCUGGAACUACCCGGUCCAGCUGGUCCUGGUGCCCCUGAUCGGAGCUAUCGCAGCGGGUAACUGUGCUGUGGUGAAGCCCUCUGAGCUCAGUGACUCCACCUCCUCCCUCCUCACAGAACUCCUCCCCAAAUACCUGGACCAGAGUUGCUUCUCUGUUGUUUGCGGGGGAGCCAAAGAGACGACUGAACUACUGGAGCAGAGAUUCGACCACAUAUUCUACACAGGGGGCGUGUCCGUGGCUCGCUCGGUGAUGCGCGCCGCUUCCUGUCACCUGACCCCCGUGACCCUGGAGCUGGGGGGUAAGAGCCCCGCCCUGGUGGAGGGGAGCUGCGACAUCACGGCGACGGCACGGAGGCUGGUCUGGGCCCGGUUCUUCAACGCGGGUCAGAGCUGCGUGGCGCCGGACUACGUGCUGUGCUCCCCAGAGACACGGCGCCUCCUGCUGCCCGCGCUCAGGGACUGCAUCACCCAGCUCUACGGGACGGAGCCCAGGGAGUCCCGAGACUUCGGCAGGAUCAUCAACCAGCGACACUUCGAGAGAAUCCGAGACCUGCUGAGUAACAGCCAGGGGAGAGUGGAGAUCGGAGGAGAGACUGAGGAGGGGGAGAGGUACAUAGCCCCCACGGUGUUGGUGGAUGUGAGCGAGUCGGACCCUGUGAUGCAGGAGGAGAUCUUCGGACCGGUCCUCCCCAUCCUCACUGUGGAGAGCCUGGAGGAAGCCAUCAACUUCAUCAACUGCAGAGAGAAACCACUGGCACUGUAUCUGUACACUGGAGACAGCAAGGUGGUUACCAAGGUGAUGGAAUGUACCAGCAGCGGGGGGUUCUGCUCCAAUGAUGGACUGGUCCACACGACUGUGAUAACACUGCCAUUCGGAGGAGUGGGCUCCAGUGGUGUGGGUCGGUACCACGGCCGGUUCAGCUUCGACACGUUCUCUCACCAGCGCUCCUGUGUGCUGCGCGGCUUCGGGCUCGAGUGGGCGAACCAGCUGCGCUACCCGCCCUACAGCGAGCAGAAACUGGAGAGACUGCUGCAGGCAACACAGGAGAGGAAGUGGAGCUGCACACUGCUGUAGAGGAGGAGAGGAGAGGGGGAGCUGCACACUGCUGGAGAGGAGAGGAGAGGGGAGAGGAGGAGUCUGAAUCACGCUGCACAUGUGCAAUACAUUGUAUUAAUUAAUCAUGAACUUUGUUUGAGAUUACCGUAUUCUUACCAGCAUUAUUAAUAAAGUGAAGAAAGUGCCAAAUCUUUACAUUGUGUUAACACAUGACACUGUGUUCAAUAAAACAGCUAAAUUAGGAACGGGAGUGUGUGUCUCACUGUGCGUGUGUCUCUGUUGCGGUAUCGUUGAUAAUGAGAUAUCUUUUGAAAGCACUGACUCCUCCCCCUGCAGGUGGUUACCAAGGUGAUGGAAUGUACCAGCAGCGGGGGGUUCUGCUCCAAUGAUGGACUGGUCCACACGACUGUGAUAACACUGCCAUUCGGAGGAGUGGGCUCCAGUGGUGUGGGUCGGUACCACGGCCGGUUCAGCUUCGACACGUUCUCUCACCAGCGCUCCUGUGUGCUGCGCGGCUUCGGGCUCGAGUGGGCGAACCAGCUGCGCUACCCGCCCUACAGCGAGCAGAAACUGGAGAGACUGCUGCAGGCAACACAGGAGAGGAAGUGGAGCUGCACACUGCUGUAGAGGAGGAGAGGAGAGGGGGAGCUGCACACUGCUGGAGAGGAGGAGAGGAGAGGGGAGAGGAGGAGUCUGAAUCACGCUGCACAUGUGCAAUACAUUGUAUUAAUUAAUCAUGAACUUUGUUUGAGAUUACCGUAUUCUUACCAGCAUUAUUAAUAAAGUGAAGAAAGUGCCAAAUCUUUACAUUGUGUUAACACAUGACACUGUGUUCAAUAAAACAGCUAAAUUAGGAACGGGAGUGUGUGUCUCACUGUGCGUGUGUCUCUGUUGCGGUAUCGUUGAUAAUGAGAUAUCUUUUGAAAGCACUGACUCCUCCCCCUGCAGGUGGUUACCAAGGUGAUGGAAUGUACCAGCAGCGGGGGGUUCUGCUCCAAUGAUGGACUGGUCCACACGACUGUGAUAACACUGCCAUUCGGAGGAGUGGGCUCCAGUGGUGUGGGUCGGUACCACGGCCGGUUCAGCUUCGACACGUUCUCUCACCAGCGCUCCUGUGUGCUGCGCGGCUUCGGGCUCGAGUGGGCGAACCAGCUGCGCUACCCGCCCUACAGCGAGCAGAAACUGGAGAGACUGCUGCAGGCAACACAGGAGAGGAAGUGGAGCUGCACACUGCUGUAGAGGAGGAGAGGAGAGGGGGAGCUGCACACUGCUGGAGAGGAGAGGAGAGGGGAGAGGAGGAGUCUGAAUCACGCUGCACAUGUGCAAUACAUUGUAUUAAUUAAUCAUGAACUUUGUUUGAGAUUACCGUAUUCUUACCAGCAUUAUUAAUAAAGUGAAGAAAGUGCCAAAUCUUUACAUUGUGUUAACACAUGACACUGUGUUCAAUAAAACAGCUAAAUUAGGAACGGGAGUGUGUGUCUCACUGUGCGUGUGUCUCUGUUGCGGUAUCGUUGAUAAUGAGAUAUCUUUUGAAAGCACUGACUCCUCCCCCUGCAGGUGGUUACCAAGGUGAUGGAAUGUACCAGCAGCGGGGGGUUCUGCUCCAAUGAUGGACUGGUCCACACGACUGUGAUAACACUGCCAUUCGGAGGAGUGGGCUCCAGUGGUGUGGGUCGGUACCACGGCCGGUUCAGCUUCGACACGUUCUCUCACCAGCGCUCCUGUGUGCUGCGCGGCUUCGGGCUCGAGUGGGCGAACCAGCUGCGCUACCCGCCCUACAGCGAGCAGAAACUGGAGAGACUGCUGCAGGCAACACAGGAGAGGAAGUGGAGCUGCACACUGCUGUAGAGGAGGAGAGGAGAGGGGGAGCUGCACACUGCUGGAGAGGAGGAGAGGAGAGGGGAGAGGAGGAGUCUGAAUCACGCUGCACAUGUGCAAUACAUUGUAUUAAUUAAUCAUGAACUUUGUUUGAGAUUACCGUAUUCUUACCAGCAUUAUUAAUAAAGUGAAGAAAGUGCCAAAUCUUUACAUUGUGUUAACACAUGACACUGUGUUCAAUAAAACAGCUAAAUUAGGAACGGGAGUGUGUGUCUCACUGUGCGUGUGUCUCUGUUGCGGUAUCGUUGAUAAUGAGAUAUCUUUUGAAAGCACUGACUCCUCCCCCUGCAGGUGGUUACCAAGGUGAUGGAAUGUACCAGCAGCGGGGGGUUCUGCUCCAAUGAUGGACUGGUCCACACGACUGUGAUAACACUGCCAUUCGGAGGAGUGGGCUCCAGUGGUGUGGGUCGGUACCACGGCCGGUUCAGCUUCGACACGUUCUCUCACCAGCGCUCCUGUGUGCUGCGCGGCUUCGGGCUCGAGUGGGCGAACCAGCUGCGCUACCCGCCCUACAGCGAGCAGAAACUGGAGAGACUGCUGCAGGCAACACAGGAGAGGAAGUGGAGCUGCACACUGCUGUAGAGGAGGAGAGGAGAGGGGGAGCUGCACACUGCUGGAGAGGAGGAGAGGAGAGGGGAGAGGAGGAGAGUCUGAAUCACGCUGCACGUGUGCAAUACAUUGUAUUAAUUAAUCAAGAACUUUGUUUGAGAUUACCGUAUUCUUACCAGCAUUAUUAAUAAAGUGAAGUGCCAAAUCUUUA